AUGGACCAAAUGGAUAGAACCACUGAAGUGAGGAUCAAGUUAGAACGUCCUAACUAUGAUAUUGGCUCGGAAUUGCGUGGUAUUAGUAGACGUGAUCCCCGCGAGGCGUCUCCACGCAGUCGUCGUGUCGCCCGCUCUGGCUAUCGUGACCGCAGGGACACUGCGCUCCCAGCCUCCUCCACCCGGAACUAUGGACCUCACAAUAGAGCUGGUGCUAUUACUACGAUGGGGGCCUAUCGUCGACGCCAGAGGAAGAAGAAGAACAAGGGUAAUGCCCAUGCCGACAGAUAUGCCAUCAUGGGAGCCGAAUCGGCAAUGGAACGACGACUCUCUAGAGCCAUGGAAACUAAGCUAUCAAGUCUCCAGCAAACCCAAAAUAACCUUCGUGGUGCUUUGAGAGAUGAAAGGGCACAAAGGGAAUCAUUGGAGAGGCGUUUGGAGAGACUGGAAGAUGACAUGGAAGUUAUGGAUGACGAAACACAGCGAUUAAGGGACCAUGUGAGAGUUAUUGAGGAUCAGAAAAGAUGGAUGAGAGUUUGUCUUGCAGAUAUAGAGGUUCAGUAUAACAAGGGCAAAUAA